AUUUCUCGCGUUCUUCCAACCUCCAAGCAUCACUAUUCACAACACAAAGAACAAAAACUAAGCUCGAGCAUUCUCAUCUUUUGUCAAGGUAGAAUUAAGCGUCAGCGGAUAAUAUUUGUUGAUAUUUAUUGUCAAUUUAUAAAAUUUACGUCAAAAUGACGGAACAAAAGACUAUUUUCGGAAUGGAUCCUAAUGGACAACAAACGUUCGUGAGAUUUUACAAAACUCUUCCUGAGAAAUCCAGCAGCACGAUACAAUUUUUUAAAAGGAGUGAUUAUUACACGUGCCAUGGCGAAGAUGCGUUGUUUGUUUCUAAUGAAGUUUUUAAAACAACAUCUUCUUGCAAAAUGAUUGGAGCUGAACCGAAUAAGCUAGAAAGUGUACUCGUCAACAAAGCCAACUUUGAAAAUCUAAUAAAAGAUUUAUUAUUAGUUAGAAGAUACCGAGUUGAAGUAUAUGAAGAUAAAGGUACAGGACGUAAUCGUAACUGGGUUGUUGAAUACAAAGGAUCACCGGGAAAUUUAAGUCAAUUUGAAGAAAUACUUUUUGAUAGUGGAGACAUUGAAGCUGAUGUAAUUGCAAGUGGAGCUAUUAUGGCGGUUAUUAUGGGAAUGGAAGGAAAAUCUAAAGUUGUGGGAUUGAGUUGCAUUGACACAAUGUCAUCAGUAAUUCGCGUGGCGCAGUUUAUGGACGAUGAAGCAUUCUCAAACUUAGAAGCUUUGACAGUGUCCAACUCGCCCAAAGAAUGUCUAUUGAUCCAGAGCGAAAACAGCCAAGACUUUGAAACAAUUAAAGGCAUAAUUGAGCGUAACAAUGUCAUGAUUACUUUGAAGAAGAAAAAAGACUUUGACAAGGAGUCUUUGAUACAGGAUUUGGAUAAACUUUUAAAGUUCAAAAAGGGUGAGAUGGAAAGUGCCCACAUUUAUCCAGAAACUAAUUUAGAACAUGCAAUGUCGGCAACCGCUGGCAUUAUCAAGUAUCUGGAUUUACUUUCGGACGAAGGAAACUUGGGUCAGUAUAAAAUCGAAGAUCUCAAGCAAUAUCACUUCUUAAAACUUGAUUCCGCGGCAAUAAGAGCUCUGAACAUCGAUCCACCACCCGAGUACCGGCUGGGAGGCAACAGAGGUGCUGCUACCAGCAUCCACGAGCUAUUGGAUAAAUGUAAAACUCCCCAAGGUCAUCGUCUUCUGAGUCUCUGGUUGAAACAGCCUUUACAAGAUCUUGCACACAUCAAAGAGCGUCAUGAUAUCGUCGAAUAUUUUGUUAAUAAUUCUAGCGUUCGUUCCGAAGUUAGUAAUGAGUACCUGAGACAAAUUCCUGACUUAGAGCAGCUGGUUAAAAAAUUACUGCGUAAAAAAGCGCGUCUACGUGAUGUUUAUAAGAUCUACGACUGUGUGAACCGCUUACCUCAGCUGGUCGAAUCUUUGAGCGACGACAGUACUCCAGCAGCAUUAAAAUCAAUGAUAUUAGAGCCACUGAAAGAAAAUGUUGCUGACAUGGAGAAAUAUCAGCAGAUGGUCGAAGAGACUAUCGACUUUGAUGCUGUAGAAACUGGAGAGUAUUUUAUUAAACCGUCUUACAGCAGUGAUUUAACCGAAUUAAACGAGUCGAUUGAAAAAUUGAAGAAGAAAAUGAAAUCGCAAUUGAGCAAAGCCGCUGAAGAUCUAGGACUUGAAGCAGAAAAGUCAAUAAAAUUAGAAUGUACGUCCCAGCAAGGCUACUUUUUCCGUGUUACAAUGAAAGAAGAAAAAAUAGUAAGUCGCAGUAAGAGUUACACAGUGUUUGAUUCAAUAAAAAGCGGAGUUAAAUUCCGCAACGGUACAUUGGAAGCCCUAAAUCAAGAGUACUUGGAGGACAGAGAAAAGUACGAAGCUGAGCAAAAAAUAAUUGUAACAGAAGUAAUAAACCUCGCGAUUGGAUAUUGCUCGACGAUUAAAAACAUCGCUGCUGUUGCUGCUGUAUUGGAUGUACUCUGUGCCUUUGCGGUUGCCGCUACUAAUACUCAGAAGACGUAUGUACGUCCGAAAAUGCUGCCUAGUGACGCUGGAGAGAUGAAGUUCAUUCAGGCGAGACACCCAUGUGUCGAGGGACAAGAGGAUGUUCAUUAUAUCGCUAAUGAUAUUGAAUUCAAACGUGGAGAAUCGGAGUUUCAUAUAAUUACCGGUCCUAACAUGGGUGGUAAAAGUACACAUUUGAAAACAGCUGGUAUAGUUGUUCUUCUUGCUCAUAUUGGAAGCUUUGUUCCUUGCGACGAAGCCUCUAUGUCUAUGGUUGACUGUAUUUUUGCUCGAGUCGGUGCCGAAGAUUCGCCUUUUAAAGGAUUGUCCACUUUUAUGGCUGAGAUGAUAGAAAUGGCUUACAUUAUGAGGACUGCAACAUCAAAUUCACUUAUUUUAAUCGAUGAACUUGGUAGAGGAACGUCAACAUACGACGGUCGAGGUCUAGCGUGGGCGAUAGCUGAAGAUUUGGCUAAAAAUGUCCGAGCUUUUACAUUUUUUGCGACUCACUUCCACGAGAUAACGAUCCUCGCUGAAAAUAUACCAACGGUAAAAAAUUACCACGUAACAGCUCUAGUAAAAGGUGAAGACGUAGUUUUCUUGUACGCCGUCAAGGAAGGAGUCAGCGACCAAAGUUUUGGUAUUAACGUUGCUCGUAUGGUCAAUCUACCCCCAGAAGUUAUUGAAUACGCGGAAAAGAAACUCACAGAUCUCGAAGAAAACCAGCACAUUUAUGAAGGAUACUUCGAGGGUCCUUACAGUGCCGCUGAGAAAAGGAAGUUUGUGGUUGAAGCUGACGCACUCAUUGAAGAAUUUACUGGCAAAUGCAAGGCUCUGGAUCCGUCUCUGCCAGAAGACGAACUGAUGAAGAAAAUUAACGAGUACAAAGAAGAAAUAGUUGGUCAGAAAAAUCCUUAUAUUGAGGCCUUAUUGAAAAAAUCUAAGCCAUCUAUUUCCUAAAUGUUUUGAUUUUUCAAUUAAAUUUUAUUAUAAGCGUACGCGAUAGAUGAUAAUAAUUUUUUUAUAUGAUUUUUAUAUUUGUCAAUGUUUAAUAAGGCUAUUGAGUAGUACUCAAUUACCAUAUUUUUUGCUCAAAUUUAUUUCAUAACUUAUUACCUGAACAAUUAUUGACGCGAAAUAAAACUGCGCUGGAUUAAAAUCAAUUAUUUAUAAUUAAAGUAUAUUA